UUCGUUAAAGGUGGUGUAAGGACUAACAACAAAAAAAGGUUUUCGAAAUGGCCGCUUGGGAAGGAAAGAAAUACAAAUUGGAACUUGCUCAAAACUUCGAUGAAUACUUGAAAGCGCUCGGAGUUGAUGCGGACAAAAUUAAACUAGCUAGCAGUGGAACCGAUACUUUCACCUUGGUAAAAAACGGAGACGAAUACGAAUAUAUAUCAACUUCCACAGGGAAGGCUAUGAAGUUCAAACCUGGAGUAGAGUUCGACAUGGAUACCUAUGAUGGACAGAAAAUCAAAACUCUUUACAAAUUCGAAACUCCCAACAAACUAGUCAUGGAGCAAAAAGGCGAUAAGUCAGCAGAAACCGUUCGUGAAUUUUCCGACACUGAAAUGAUUGCGACAUAUUCCUUCAAAGGUGUAACCGCCGUGAGAUAUUAUAAAGCCAUUUAAAUGGUUAGGUUCCACGGCUGAACAACAUUUGGGCGAAAAUUGGUAAUUGUAUCUCAUUGGCCUUAUUAAAGACAUACAGUAAAUUUUUAACAUAAAGUAAAUAAAUAUAAAAAUAAUGUAAAAUGGAUCAACUCUUAA